CCUUAAUAAUUAAUAGUUAUUUACUAAUUUAUUAAAUACAUUAAUAAGAAUAAGAAUCAUUCUAAAACCCUAAACUGGUUAAAACCUUAAGUUAAUUAUAAUAAAUAAUAAAAUGACCUGAACGGAAUGAAACUAGUUUGACGUCUGAGCAAGCGCGCCGUAGGAUUAAAAUUAAAAUCAAAAUCAAAACAUGGAGGGUGUCGGUGCGUACGGUGGUGGCAAAGCAGGGGGUGCAUUUGAUCCGAUUUCUUUCGUUCAAAGGCCUGCGGUUAUUUUAAGGGCUGUCUGUUGGCUUUUCUCUAUAAUUGUCUUUGGGUGCAUUUCAUCUCAAGGUUGGCAGCCAGUUGACAAGAAACUAGUCUGUCUUUACAAUGGAGAUGCAGAUGCAUGCAACUAUGGGGUGGGAAUUAGUGUCAUAGCAUUCCUUGCCAGCAUGGCAUUCUUGGUGGGAGAGUAUCUUUUCGAACAAAUGUCUUCUGUAAAGACUAGAAAGCAUUAUGUGCUAGUCGACUUGGUAUUUUCAGCAUUCUGGGCUUUUCUUUAUUUUGUUGGAUUCUGGUAUCUGUGCAACCAAUGGGCAAAGUCCAAUGACCCACCAAGUGGAAUUGGAGUUAGCAAUGUUAGGGCAGCCAUAGCCUUUUCGUUCUUCUCUAUCUUUGCAUGGGCCGCAAGCGCUUUUCUAGCGUUCCAGCGGUUCAAACAAGGCUCAGAUGCAGCAUUCGCUUCAAACUUUGAAUCUGAUAACAUGCAAAACGCGUAUCCCUCUUAUCCGGGUGGACCGGAAACGGAUCAACACUACCAAGAACCUCCAUUUUCCGCUGGACCCAACUCUAGAGGUCCAGGAGAUUUUCAGGCGCCAGCCUAUUGAGAAAACCCAGCUAGUCAAUAAUGAAGCUGCCCAAAAAAAAAAGUAAAUUAUAUUUGAUUCACAAGUAUUUAGCACUCGAUGGUAAUUUUGAAUAUUUUGUACUUAUUUACAGUGUAUUCAACACAAUUAGAGGACAAAAUCAAUUUUCAUUAUCCUCAUGUAUACUUUUCAGUAUUUUCAUGGCCUGAUUUUGUAGGCGUGGUUGAAUGCAGCCAUCAGCCUAUUUUACUUGUAUGUAUUACAUAUAUAUAUAUAAUCUUGAAACGAGCCCAAAGUGUUGAAAAAGAUAUUUAUAUAGCAUUGUUCAAUGUACAGUCAUAAGUAUAUAUUUAUGUCUAAAGAUGCAUAUAGUUUUAGUAUUAGAAGCUUCGUAGGAGUAUGUUAAGAGCCUUUUAUAGGAAGAUACUUUUUGGUUUUGGAGCACUUAACGUAAUACUUGUUAGACUAAAAUGGCCAAACUAACUCACUAUUAGAGAAUUUGAUCUUUAAUAUAGCCGCAGCCAGAUACGUUUAACAAAAAAAUAAGUCUAAAGAAAUGUGAGAGGAUAAUAUGCAAGAGAAUAUGUUGCAUAAUUGUUAAUAAAGUUUAUAUGAAUAAUCGGAAAUACCAACUAACGCGGUGUGUUCUAAAGUAAACAGUCCAUUUUUUUAUUUAAAACUGUCUUCUUCGCAGUCUAUACAAAUUUGCAUGAUCUAAAAGAUUGAGCGUGAAAAAGUCGCAUGGUAUCAAAUCAUGGUAUUAUGGGGAGUAUUAAUGUUUAAAAGCCGAUUUACAACGCAGUCCAAACCUGCUAUUGGUUUAUCUUCGUCAAAUCUAUUAGCUAAUCCUGCCUUUUUGGCAAAUUGAUAUGAUAAUUUCCUGACAGCAGUGGUGGUAAUUCAAAGAAUGCUCCACUAAUUGUUUUUAUAUGGCUUGAAAUGACUGAGAUUUACAGGAACACUCUUGAAGUGAAGACGAAGUGUGGCCUGCGGCACGUUGAAUGUUUUCUUUGACGAUUUAAAAGGCCUUCGCCAUGUCUGCCUUUCAUUAAGAAUGAUGCAUAUACUUUCGUCGAUAGUUGCCAGGCUUCCUGAAAAAUAAAUAGGAUUUUAAAAUACUAUACAUACUAUGUCAACUUAAGCCGACGGUUACUACGUCAUCGCAGUUGGCAGUUGGCAGUUGAGUUGCAGUUGGCAGUUGGGCAGUUGGCAGUUGGGCAGUUGCAGUCAAAAACGGCAAAUCUACAAACCUACUAACCAAAGCAGAAUACCAAAAACCAACCAGAAACGGCGGAAAACAGCGUUAACUCGCCCCCCAUAGUCAGCGGGGGGCCGAACCACCGACGUCAAAGACGCCAGAGCACGAUAGACAAUGAAAACCGAGAAGAACUAGAGCGGGGUAAGUCUCUAGCUGGCACUCCUUACCCCGUCCAUAAACCUCUCCUCGAACGGAGAUACCAAAAAACUCCCACCCAGUCCUCAAAUCCUGCCCCAAACAUGGAAGCAAAUAGUGCUGUAUUCAGUGCUGAGGUCUAUAAAGACAUCUAGCACUUCACUUGAGUUUCAAAUAAAAGACCUGCAAUCGAGCAUUGAAGAAAAAAAUUUAAAACAUAAAACGCUCGAAAGCGAAAAUGAGAGACUAAAAAACAAACUUAAGAACACUGAGGAAGAGAUCGAUCUCCUCAAGGAUCAAGUCCGCAUCUUCAAUGCUCAAUUGCGGGAAACUAAUGAUAAUAUGGAGAAAAUAUUAAAAAUAAACGAACAGCUCGAAAAUGAUAAUAAAAACUUUGCUGAGCAGCUGGGUACGCUGAGGGACCAGCUAAACGAUAAUGAAAAAAACAUAAAUACACGUAAAAGAUCCAGAAAAGAGGCAAACAUCUCCCCGCGAGAGGAGGAGAUGUUACAAUCUGAAGAUUCUGAAUCUAACACUGACACGGAAGAACCUGGUCCCUCAGCGCGCCCAGAUGCUGUAAUAAACAGCAAACUGGGUAAGCGGGACACACAACCUCAAAAAAACCCACUCUUUAUGCCCCUCAGUAGUUUAUCUAUUGCGGGAAAAGGGGGGAGUGCAAAGCCUAGCAAUCCAAAGAUACCAAAGGUCGUUAUCAGAGACACCUCAAACUGGGCUAAAAAAUAUCAGAUGAUAAUGGAAAAGAAAAUUAACAUUCUUAAAGUACAAAAGGAGAGGCUGGGCUUGGCACUCUUCCCAAAAACAGCGCAAGACCACAGGAAUCUGACUGCCCUCCUCAGGGAAAGGGAGAUGGAAUUCCACUCCUUCUUCCUGGAGGAGGACAGAAAGCUAAAUCUGAUCCUGAGAGGUUUCGACAGAAACUUUAAACUGGAGGACAUAGAGAGUGAACUAAAGCGGAUGGGGUUCGAGCCUGAAGAAAUGGGCUGGUUUAACACCGGCCCAGGUCGUAAAAGGCAGACGGACCUCAUCCGCUUCCUGAUCAAAAAAGAACAGGAAGAUAUCUAUAAAGUGGACAGUAUAAUGAACAUCAGGGUCCAAGUGGAGCGCCUCAAAACGUUCCAAAUCAAUAACAUAAGACAGGUGGGACAGUGCCAUCGCUGUCAGGAGUUCGGACACGCCGCGAGCAAUUGCAACGCGGGGCCGCGUUGUCAUAAAUGUGAAGGAAAGCAUCAUUACUCAAAAUGCGAAAAAGAACGUACAACACCGGCCCGGUGUUGCAAUUGCGGCGGCGACCAUCCGGCCAGCUACUGGCGCUGUCCCAAAAAUCCAAAUUUUAUUAAAAUUAACAGAAAAUACGCCGAUGCGUUAAAAAGAGAGCCCACUUUGGGCCCGAUGUUCAGAGGGACUGAAACUGUAAAAGAUCCCGACCCAGAGGCUAAACGGUUAAAAACACCCAUCCAAAACAAUAAUUUAUUAACGCUUUUAUCCUUGCCGGAGGACGAAAUAAACUUAAAAAUAGAUAAAUUAAUCUCCAAACUAAAUAAAUUAACAUCAAAUCCGGCUUUUAAAUUAUUAUUACAAUAAAAAUUAUAACACCUUUUUUUUCUCUCUUUUAAAAAAAAAACAAAAUAAACAACACCGGCCAAAAACCGACGAGCUGGGUGGGCGUGUCCUAGACCUGUGAAACCAACCAAUCCCAGCCGCCCACCCAGCCUAUAAAUAUAACCUACGUCCCACAUCCCAGUCAGUACAAUCCCACGAUCCGUGCCAUCAAAAGCUAGAGCACCUCGAUGCGACCCAGUAAACUAAAGAUAGGCGCCUAUAAACAAGAUAAAAAUACAUCACUAAACCGGCAAGAGCGCAAAAUUGCUAGUCCGGACAAUGAGUGGAUAACAACAACAACUACGUCAUCAUACCCUACGAGAUACAAAAUAUUGACAACCCUUGCUGCCUUAACACUUUAAGGUUAUGUUCAUUAUUUUUCAGUAUUCAUAAAUCACAUUAAAAACACAACAAAAAACUUACCUGAUACAAAUUCUUCGCCGCAACCACUUUUAACUCAACAAUGUUUUCUAGCAACGAAAAUAAAGAAAUGCACACAACAGUAAAAAACGCGAGUUGGCGGUCACAGAAAUUUUGCGCGAUAUUGCCAGCUGGGAGAGAAGUAGAUGACGUUUUGCGGCUUGUGACGGGAAUAUUUGAACGGAUUCAACACAAUGUCAUCUUACCCGGUAUGUCAUCUUAAGCACAAUUCCCCUAUUAUGGUUUCUGAAAACACCACAUUACAUCACCAAUCACAAUUUUUGCCUUUAACUCUGAUAUCUUUUGAAUAUUGAAUUCUGAGCAGUGUUUGGUUGUCCGUCGACUUAAAUGGAAUUAUGGGACAAUAGGCACCCAAGGGACUUGUUUUUCAAGACAUCGAGACGGUGUAGUCUGAUAAGUUGUAUGUCGCUUAGCAAACUGAAAGUGUUGCUUAAAUAAACUACUAAAAAAAAAAACGAAAAAGGAGCCACUUAUAAAAGACUACUGUUAAAAUUGUAAAUGUCUUAAACCCGUCGGAUAUGUUAUUUAGGCAUAAAAAAUCAAAUUUCAAUAAGUCAAUAAAUAAUGAUUUUAUUUUUUCCAUCGUUUAAUAAGGCAGUAUCUUAAAACUAUUCCUAGUAGUGAGUAUGCGCUCCUCUUGCUCUGAUAACUCUGAAACUAAAGGAAUUAUGUGUGGUGUUAAAUUUUAUUCCAAGUAACGUAAUGCCGAUAAGGAAUCGUUUGCAUUUACCACUAAGCCGCUACGCCCAUUGAAGCAUAUAACAGCCAAUAACAUAAUAGACCCUCCGCCAAACCGAACAGUUUCUUACCCAGCCCAGUCCAAAUACCGCUCACCUGUUCGUUGCCAUACCCGAACUCGUCCAUCGUUGUGAUGUAAGCAGAAUCUGGACUCAUCCGUAAACAAAACAUUACUCCAUUGAGGUAUUGUCCAAUGACGAUGUUCUCCGGCAAAAAUUCUUCGAUGUUCUGCUGUCAAACGAGGCACUCUAACCGACCUCCUAGCACGCAAUUGAGACUGAUAAAGUCUAUUAUAUUACUGUUUGAUCAGAAAUUCUGAUUCCUGUUGUGGCUGCUAAGUCAUUUUGAAGCGCUCGUGCAGUAGUGGUUUGUUCCCUAAUCGUCCGCACAGUUAAUAAACUUCUCUUAAAGUUAAUAAAAUUCUCGAGGUUCUUUGACGUUGAGUAUAGGGCCUUCUUCUAAUAAUGCCAUAAAUGAAAUACCGAAUCCAUACUUUGUUUAUAACGGCCGGACUUACAUUGAGAAUUUCUGCGACUCUUCUGGAAUAACCUUCCUCAAUUAACGUUACGGCGCUAGCUAUUUCAACUUCAUUUAGGUACACUCUACGGCGUAUUCUUCUAUCUAGCACAUCAAUAGUCAUGUUUUAAUUGUACAAUUUUAACUAAGACUGAUAAAAACAGGCGCAAAUUUAAUAUGCGCUGAUAACAAAUUCUUAACAUUAAAAUGUCUUUUUUUUUCUGAUGAUAUCCAGGCAAAAAAAAAAUUUAGAACUCUACGAAUAAGGCUAAAGUCUUUACAUCGUGAUUGUAAAAUAAUAUUUUCGUUUAAUUACAAAAUACGUGGAAUAUAGGCUUGUGGAGUAGUGGUUCCUUUUUUCGUUUUGAAUACUUUAUAAACCUAGCCCGCGUGAGUGCUAAAUACUCUUCGAUGUCGUGGUUUGGUGGUGGAAGAACCUGCUUGUUCCUCCCAAUACUAAAGACACUUUGGGCUGCCGCAAUAUUUAUGAUGCCACUAGCUGAAUUUUCCGUCUAUUUAAUCGCAGUAAAUGUGUGAUGAGAGAAACAGAGGGCUUAUCUAUGUGUGUUUUAACAUGUCUAAUAUCAGUUACAUCUCCGGAGAGUCUUUCUAUAGAACAGACUACACUUUCCGGUUAUGCCGAUUAUAGGUUCGGGUCCUACCAGCGGUUCCGCAGAUAUCAAGGGAGCCAAGGAACCGGACAAGCUGAACUCUGCUUCACCAGUUCCUCUAUAACUUUUAUCUACUCUCGUAUAAACUUGGAGUUCACUUUUUCAGGCAUAAAAGUCCUAAUGCCGGCUCACUGCUGACAGAUGAUCCGACAUUAUGUUAUGGCUACCGCAAUUUAACAUUUUCUAAACGCUAUAUGGACAUUUUAACACAACAAAGACAACAAGCAUGGAAAUCAAUGCUCUUGGCGUACUCUCCAGCGAGUAGGCCCUGCUGGUAUAUGAGAUACCACCACAGAAACCUGUUAAAAAGGUGCUAUUUACUUGGAACACACCUCGUACGUUGUCAAAAGAAGUAUAUCUAAUAAAAGAUUAUCAAAUGAGUGCUUUCGAAUUUAAAAAAUAAAUAUACUACAAAAAUGGUCGGGUGUCGAAAAUAUUUUAAAAGAACAUCUAAUUAUACAGGCUCUCACGCGAUUUUCGAGGCCGGUCGUGUAGCAAUGUGUACCAGUGGUACUCACUGGUACACAUUGUUAUAGGGCUCAGUUCCACGAUACAUUCAGGCGCAGGACGCACUAUAGAUUAUAUAUAACAAACCACACCUUACAAAUCUACACCACUAAAUUAGUGAUGUGCAACGAUUACUUUUAUAAGUAUCGAGUAGAUACUGAUACUUCAUAUCUAAGUAUCAGAUAAAGUCCAGUGCAACGAUAUAUUAGAAUGGUCACCCGUCAAAACACUAGCAUUCCACCUGCCAAACAAUGUCAUCCACCUUCUAUUUACAUUGUUUGAGAAGUAAAAUGCUGGUAUUUUGACGGGUGAUCAUUCUAAUAUAUCGUUGCACUGGACUUUACUUUGUAUUCGUUACAAAGUAGUCAUUACUUACUAGUGCAUAUACAGACGAAUAUUAAGAUUUGAUAUGAAUACCUAUAUUAAAUUUAGGGCUUGCAUUGGCGUUUGUUAUAUUUUUCGAGUAUAAUAGAGGGUUAUCAAGUUUUAGUAAGAUAUUAUAAAAUGAUACUUUAAUACUUAUGCAAUAAAAAGUAACCAAAUAAUCAGGCCCGACGGACAAAUUCAAAACUAUUUGAAAGAACAAGGUAUCGAAGUAUCAAGCAAGUAAAUAUAAAUAGGUAUUAUUAAUCAUUUUAUUAAAUAUUGCCAUAUUUGACUUAUAAAAUAAAUUUAGUACGCAUAAGCAGCCACCGGUGACAUGGAAAUUUGGAUUUUAAAAAAGUAUUCGAGUAACGAGUAGUUGGCGUCGAAGGAUUCGAUUACUUCGAAUCUUCGCAUGUAUCAGAUAUUAAAGAAAAGUAAAGUAUAAGCAUGUAAAGUAUUGAGUAGAUACUAUCCGCACAUCUCUACACUAAAUCCUUUUUUUACAAAUCAAACAAACCGAGUGAUCGCUACCACGUUCCCAGCUCCGACCGACCCCGCCGUCCAAGGAGGUAGUGUUGUAAAAAUUCGGAUUAAUUCGAUAUCCGAGUAUUGAUUCGGAUGAAUUGAAAAUUCGGUUUUUUUCAUCCGGAUUAAUUCAUGCGCUCGAUGUCUCGCCCGUUCGGCAAAUUAUGCCAUGUUUCGGGCUCGAUGCUCGACCGUCCGAUAAACAUUUGUUAUAGCUGUUUUUCGAAUAUAAGGUAUGCAUUAUGCAACCCAUUAGACAUUUCAUUUUUACGGAUUUCUACAUGAUGUUAAAACUAAAAUAGCUAAUUAUGUAUGUAAUUAAUCAAGUGUAUUUUAAACGAUGCAAAAUAUCAAUACAAAAAUGCUUUGUUUAGAAAAAAAACUUCUGAUUGUUAGGCGACCCUUAAACAUUUUGGGCGUUCUCGUAUUCUCUCUUAUGUUUCUAAAUGAGUACAAUAAGGAUAGAUAAAGCAAUAUUUAAGCAACGGAAAAGAAAUAGAAAAUACUGCUGCAUAUUGUACUUCGAUCGUGUCACUUCGUGAGCCUCGUGCAAGCUUAUACAAUUAUUUCAUUGUCGGAAGACGGGCGGCGUGUAUCCGGACGAUUUAGAUAUCCGGAUUGAUUCGGAAUAAUUUGAUAUUCGGAUUGAACGGACGAUUAAUCCGGACUCUUCGCAUCACUACAAGGAGGGCGCCCAUCGGAUCGGCUCGGCCGGUUCAAUCGGUAACUAGCGCUCAUAUAAUCGGCAGAACGAAGACACGACGACGUUUAAAAGUGGUUCGACUAUUCGAAAGCGUUUGAAAUUAUAAAUUUCCUGGAAGAAGUUGUUCCACAUCUUUUAGUGACCUAUGAUUAUUCAGUAAUUCUCGGAGAUCUAAAUAUUGAUAUGUUAAAACCUAAUUCAUUAUAUUCUAUGCUUAACUCUUUUGGGUACGUACAAUUAAUAAAUGAACCAACUCGUAUAACAAAUACUACUGCAACAUGCUUAGAUCCCAUUUUUAUCAAUACUAAAGAUAUUUGUCAUUAAAGUGGCACCGUUGUUUCAGGUUUAAGUGAUCACAAUCAAAUACCUUUCUGCACUUUAAAAUUAGUAGUUAAAAGACAAAAACAAAAAUUUAUAACCAUCCGCAAUUUUAAACAUUUCAAUGAGAUAUAUUUUAGGAUCGAUUUAUCACAAACUUACUGGGAUAAUAUUUAUUAUCUUGAGGACAUAAAUAAAAAAGUUCAAUAUUUAGAACAAAAUAUUAAUUAUUUAUUUAAUAUUCAUGCACCCUACAGAACUAUAAGAGUCAGUAAAAAGCCAGCUCCCUGGUUGACAGACACCUUAAGACUUAUUUUAAAGGAACGUGAUAAGGCUUUGACUAAAUACAAAAAUCACAAGUGUUUAGAAAAUUGGAGAUAUUACACGGAGUGUCGUAAUUUUGCGUUGGCAUCAAUAAGACGAGAAAAAGCUGCAUAUCUUGCAAGCUUGGAGAGUGACAAAACUGGUAAAAAACUUUGGAAAGGUCUAGAAACUUUAAAUAUUAAAACAACCAAGAAUAAUAACGAGCUGCCGUUUAAUAUAUCUGAUCCAAAUCAAAUAAACGAUUUUUUUGUAAGUGUUUUUAAUAAAUCUGAUAAAUGUGUAAACAAAAUUAACUUCUACUCCAGUAAUAAAUUUAACGAGGAUAAUUUUCAUUUUUCUUUAGUAGACCAAAGUACUGUGGAAAAAACUAUAAAAAGUAUUAGGUCCAAUGCCUCUGGUGUGGAUAACAUAACUCGACGUAUGUUACACUUAUGUCUCCCUGAUAUACUGGAUCAUGUCACUCAUAUUAUAAAUUGUUGUUUGGAGGUAGGAUAUUUUCCUACGGACUGGCGUGAAUCAGUGGUAUGUCCGAUUCCCAAAUCCUCCAGUCCUGAAACUAUUCAAGAUUUGCGUCCGAUAAGUUUGCUUCCCGUAAUCUCCAAAGCUCUCGAAAGAAUAGUCUAUAUGCAGCUGUCAUCAUUUUUAAUGUCAAAUAAUAUCCUCCCUUCCCAUCAAUCUGGUUUUAGGAAACAUCAUAGCACAGCUAGUUCACUUCUAAACGUCACCGAUAAUAUCAUGCGAGCUCUUGACAAAAAGAUUUCAGCCAUUAUGAUAGCCCUUGAUUUCUCGAAAGCAUUUGAUGUCAUCGAUCAUGAUUUGCUUGUAGCGAAACUGAAAUAUUAUGGCUGUAGUGAGGUUGUUUUGUCCUUUUUUAAAACUUACUUAUGGCGUAGAACCCAGAAAGUGAGGGUGAAUGAUGAAUAUUCUGCUUCGAAAAAUAUUAUUUCUGGUGUCCCACAAGGGUCGAUCCUAGGCCCAUUAUUAUUUCUUAUAUAUACUUCAGAUUUACCCGGUCUAGUUGAAGAUUCUGAAAUACAUCAGUAUGCUGAUGAUACUCGAUACAUACAUUAUUUUGACUCUGCUAAUUUUGAUAACGUGGCUGAUACUAUUAACGCUGAUCUGAACGUAAUAAAUCAAUUUUCAAAAGAGCAUAACCUUGUCAUUAAUCCUAAUAAAACAAAAAUGGUUUUGUUUUCAAACCGAGGAUCGCAUAAAAAUAUAAUGGAAACUGUUCACAUUCAAUUGGAUAACGAAACUAUUUUGUUCUCUGAUACUGUGAAGGUUCUGGGACUUACAAUAGACAAUUCUUUAAGGUUUAAGGAACAUGUUAAUACUCUUCUGCGGAGGUGUUAUUUACGCAUGCGUAUGCUUUAUACCAAUAAACACAUUUUAAAUUUUAAAACUAGGAAAAAACUUGUAGUGGCUCUUGUUUUAUCUAUUCUAAAUUACUGCCUUAUAGUUUAUUAUUCUUGCUUAGACCAAAUAAAUCGUUACCGCCUGCAACGCGUGCAGAAUACUUGCUGUAGAUUUAUUUUUAACCUCGGAAAGUUUGAUCAUGUAUCAGACUCUAUACUUCAGUUGAGGUGGUUAACGCUACCUUACCUAUUCAAAUUCUUCACUUCUACUUUUCUUUAUCGAUUAUAUGUUAGUCAAAGACCUGAAUAUCUUUUUGAAAAGUUAAUACCAAGAAACCAUGUUCAUACUCGAAAUAUUAGAUACAAUAUCUUGACCAUGCCGCACCAUUCCACGGCUCUAUUCGAGCGAUCUUUUACUUAUAAUGCCGUUAAGUUCUUUAAUACUUAUAAACCAAUAUUUAAUACUUCGUUAAAUGUGUAUAGGAAAUAUUAUAAACUUUUGUUUUUAAAUCAAUCCAAAAUAUAGUCUAGUGUUCUAGAAGAUGAAUACUUUAUAUAUACUUGUUUCUUUUUUUGUUUUUUUUUUCUCGUUUUCUCCAUUUAAACUGUGAAUGUUAGGAAGGUUAAGAGUUAAAGAGUAGCUUUAAGCUAAUCUUCGCCUUCUUGGCAAUGUAGUAUUAAGUAAUAUUGUAAGAUUAAUAUUGCUUUUUUUUUUAAUAAAGACAUAUUAUUAUUAUUAUUAUUAUUAUUAUUAUUAUUAUUAUUAUUAUUAUAUUCGAGCAUAUAGAAGUAUUGUGAUUAAGCUCCCGUUUAAGCGUUUUAAAAAAAAAAAAGAGCAGUUCCUCAGAUUCUAAAGGGGAUGUUAUGAUUGCAGUAGCUUGUGUUGAAGUAGAAGCAGUAGAAAAGCGUAGGAGAUUUUGGGUGCAUAUUUUUUUUAAAAGAAGAGAUUUCGGACAAUAUCAUCAUCUAUUUUAUGAUUUGGUGGAGGACGAAGAUGUUUUUCAAAUAUUUUAGAAUAUGUUCAGGGUGAUUUUGUAUAUUGUCAUGCCUCCGCCCUCUUAAUUUUUUUAUACCCCACUAAUUAGAAAAGAAAACAGCUUCGAUUAAAAUUUCGUUUGACAUAUUUAUCAAAUCAACGGUUUUUAAAAUUCUUUGAAACAGUUCCUCACUCUAUACGAAAAAAUGCUAAAAUAGUCGCAGGCUUUCGGUGCAAUCGGCAAAAGUUGCCCUCCUCACAAUAUGAGAUCGUCGCCGGAGAAAACCGAUUCAGUGCGCACGGCCCCAUUUAAAUACAUGUGAAGCAAAUCCGGCCGAUUGUACCGACCGUGCCGAGAUAAUCGAUGCCGAUUCAGUGGGCGCCGUGCUUAAUUCUCUAAUUGUCGUUUGCCAAUUGUGUUCCUUGCAUGUUCUAACUACUCUACUGGUGUAAUUCAGAGCACGCUGUUCUGUUCAUUCGUUGAAUGCUUUUGCUAGUAGAUGCCGACAGUGGGAAUCUCGUCAUUUACUGAGCAGGGUACUCAGUGUGGCAAUGUGGGGUAUAGACUAUUUAUUAAAGAAAAUCAUACAGCUUGUUUGUAAAAACAUGUUUUUAUUAAUCAGGUUGAUAAGAAAAAAAACCACAAAAUACACUCUAUAUGUUUUUUUGUUAAUUUAACGCGAACUUAGGUAUACAGGGGCCUGGUACAAAGGGGCGUAACUUCGUCAAAAAUGCGUAACUUCUAAAUAAAGAUGGCUUAAUUUUUUUCUCCGGCAUAAGAGCAAUGUGACCAACGACUGCAUUGCCGGCAUUUAAUCCGUCAUUCAUUAGAUUGAGAUCAUAGGAAUCUUCAAUCCAGAUACUCAGCAUCUUCGUCAGCCUCCGAAGAUACACUUUCAAUGUUCCUGGAAGUAACUUUAGAUUCUUUCAUUUUCUUUGGUGAAUCUGAUCCGAUUUGCCUUCUAAACUCUUCGACUCUUCGUUAUGUUCUUUUUGCAGAACAAAGGUAAAAACACAAAGUCACGGUCAUCUCAUCAAAUCCGUAUAAUUUUUUUUUUAAAAGCUACACGUGUUUCAUCAUCAGGCCUAGACCUACACAGAUCACAUUACAACUAACAACAGUUGUUAACUAACAUGAUGCUUCAAUAGGAGCGAAACACGUGUAGCUUUAAAAAAAAAAAAUUAUACGGAUUUGAUGAGACCGUGACUUUGUUUUGUUUUCGUUUGGUCUCUUAGAGAAAAAAUGGAUGAUACGUUUCUAUUCUUUUUGCAGUCUUUUUUUUCCUUGCGUGUUUUGUUGUUUAACAAGUUCGUUUUUGUAAGGUAAUUCAGGAAUUAUCGCUGUUUUGCUUCGGCGUGUAGUUCUUUAAGUAAAGGAAAUAUGAGUUCAGGCGACGCUCUAAAAGCAUACCUUUUUGUUUUGUGAAUGCCUGAACAUCCAGGUUGUGAAGAAGUUGGUCAUCUGCAUCUUGCUGAUAUUUCUUCCUGAACAUUCAGAUUACGGAGAGUUUGUUCCAUGAGUUGCUUUAGGAACCUUUUGCGGCGAUUGAACCGUUCCCACCGGAUUUUCUGGAACAUUGGUUGUUCCGGUUCAAAAUCUGCACCUGUAAAAACAUUUCAGAGGUCGAAUUUCUGUUGACCUAAACGAAUUUACAGUAGUUGUCAUAGUGGCAGCAGCAAUACACAACUGUCCAAACAAUCUAGCAGGCUGAAAUUGUUAUUGGUAACCACUCAAUCUAGAUGUUCUCGCAACCAUUUUUUGCCUUCAUUACUCUGAGAACUCAAGGGUUUCAUAAAUCCGACAUCCAGGGGCUAAAGAUGGUGUCAGGGGCGGCUCGUCAGGUGAAGGUGAGCUUCACCAGAAAAUAUAAAUAAAAUAAGAAAAUAAAAACAACAUAUGAGUAUUCGUUUUUGAUCUAAGAUAACAAAAAGUACCAGAAUAACUAGUUUUUAUUAAAUAAUAUAUCAGUUUAUCCAAUAAGCAAUAAAUUCUAUUAAUCAGUUCUGCGCCGCAACCCGCAAAACCCCAAUAUACUAAUUUAUGUCCAAGUGAAGAUCCCGUGUUAUAUCCGCGAUCGCCUUCACACGUCAGCCUCGCGCGGCAUCGGAUAAUCGGCCAUAAGAAACUGAGUUAGAAAAUAAGAAACUGUUGUUUUUCGCGGUGUCGGGCGUUUAUUUGGGGUUAGUUUGGGAUUUUUCGGAUUUUGGAUAUUAGUUAGUAGUGUGUUGGAUUUUUUGCGGUUGUGGAGAUUGAAGAUUUUUUUAGACAAUAUUUAUAAUAAACUAAAUAAAAAUGAACCCGAUUAAUGACAUAGUGUGCAACAUACUGGAAACUCCCUUCAGACAUUGGAUGAAUGAAAAUAAAAAAAAAUGUGCUGUUAUAUGGUCGACCAACCAAUAUUCUAAGCAUAGAAUUAAAAAAGGAAGCAAAGAAAAGAGGCAAGUCUUAUAAUAUUAAUUUUACGCCUUCUUGGUUUACCGAAUUUCCGCGGCUUUUCAAUUGGCUGUGUAGCAGCACGGUGCUGCAAAGAUUAUAUUGCUGUUUACUAUUUUCAAACAAACAAUCUGUAUGGAAUAGGGAUGGCUUUACAGAUUUUAUUAAUAUUAAUAGGUCCUUGCAUAAACACCAUUGCCGACGCCUUAAAAGAAAAUGCUCGACUAUAUAAAUUAAAAUUUAAUGAAAAUGUUAGAUUAAAUAGAAUUUGUAUGAAAACAGUUAUCGACGCAGUUUUGUAUCUCAGUAAACAAGAGUUGCCGUUUCGCGGACAUGACGAGAAAAUUGACUCAAUAAACAGGGGAAAUUUUAAAGAGUUAUUAAAUUUGUUAAUGGAUGUAAGUCCUGUCGAAAUCAAAAACCACUACAACAAAUUUAAAAAUGUUUUUAGUGGGGAGUCAAAAACAAUUCAAAAUGAGAUAAUUGAAUGUAUUUCAAAUUACAUUAGUGACUGCAUUAGAUCUGAAAUUAAGGGUACUAAUUUUUUUCCCUCCAAAUUGAUGACACUACUGACAUAACUCAGACCUCACAGUCAUCAAUAAUAUUAAGAUUUGUUAAUGUUAUGAUGUUAGUGCUGGGAAAACCGCUGAUCAUUUGUUCACUAUGGCUGCAACAGUUUUAGAACCUUUAGAAUACGAAGAUAAGCUAAUAGGACAGUGUUAUGAUGGAGCGAGUGUAAUGUCAGGGCAUUUGAAUGGACUUCAGCAAAAAAUAAAAGAACAUGACCCACAAGCAAUUUUUGUGCAUUGUCUAGCACACCGACUUAAUCUUGUUUUACAACAGAGCUUUAGGAAGAUUUCAAAAUGCCGCAUUUUUUUGCAACUAUUGCAGGAAUUUCAUAAUUAUUCCAUAGUUCACCAAAAAGAUCCUACGCUCUGGCAUCUACAUCAGCUAGACGUAUGCCAACAAUUACAGAGACACGAUGGACUUCUAAUUCAAAAUUAAUCAACGUAAUUAUUGAUGACUGGCAAAAACUUAAACAGACUUUUGACAAUAUUAUGAAUUCUGAAGAGUCUGAUCAUAAAUCAGUUCAGUUGGCUAAAGGCUUUUUAAGAGAGUUUAAUGACUUUGAGUUUACAUUUUUAGUAACAGUGUUUAGCGAUAUUUUCAAUUUAACAGAUAUUUUAUAUGAUGUUCUUCAAAAAAAAUCCCUGGAUAUUAAUUAUUGUUUAAAUCAAAUAAAAGGAACGCGUCAAUUGUUAAGCAAUAAAAGAAAUGAAGAAGUUUUUAAUACAAUUUUUGAUAAAGCCAGCAGUACCAUAAAUACAUUGAAAAGAUGUGAAGCUGGAUUGAACAAAAUAGAAAUUAUCAAACAAUAUAGAGCUUUAUAUUUUGAAAUAUAUGACCAGGUUUUAUCAGAAAUGGAUGUACGUUUUCAAGAUUGUGAGAAAUUAAAAUUUGUAUGCUUAGCAGAUUCAACAAAGUUUGAAACGUACAGUUUAACAUUUCCUUCGGACGCUUUUCAAAAUUUUUUAGUCAACAAAGACUAAAAAAUGAACUUUGACUUCUGUAUGCCGAUGAAAAUUAUAAAAAUGUGAAUUUGCAAGAACUAAUAAUAAAAUUAAAACCAAAUAAAGACAUUUUUACGGAAGCUUAUAAUUUAUUUUGUCGAAUUCUCACCAUUCCAUCGACAAGCGUGUCCGUAGAAAGGAGUUUUUCAUGUUUAAAAAGGCUAAAAACAUUUACAAGAAAUACUAUUUCACAAGAAAGACUUUUCAGUUUGGCUAUUAUUUCACUACAUAAAGAACUAUUAAAAGAACUUAUGCAAAUGCAACAUCCGUUUUACGAGGAUAUUAUUAACCGAUUCGCUUCCCUAAAGGACCGAAGGAUCGACUUGAUUUAUAAAAAGUAGGUAACUCAGCUCUAAGUAUAAUACUGUUUUCUGGGCCAUACAGAUCUUCACCUACUUUUUUUCCCACGAGCCGCCACUGGAUGGUGUGUGCAGUGUAGAGGGAAGCACAAUAUAACAACACGAUUGAUUUUUCCGAGCCAUAUCAAAAAGUUUUAACACGAGUAGCGUGAAUAUCGAGUAACAAAAAUACCGUAUCUUCUUUGGUUGCAUGCGACCAUUCUAUAAAUCUUUUAACACAAGACAUCUAGUAAUUCAGGCGUCAUCCGCUUUUGGGAAAAAAUACACAUGGGAGGUAUCACUGAAGCAAACAAUACUUGUCAUUAAUUUACCUUUCACAGUCUAAAUGUUCUAAGUGAUUGGUGAUGUGCGGUGGUUGCUGGAAUUCGGAUCCUUGCAGGUACUUACGGCGAUUCCUGUUUAAAGGAUUCUGCAGAUUUCCUUUUUAGCUUUCAAGGAAUGCAGCGGUCUUCAAACCAUAGAAACGAACCGAAAAAGGCGAUUUUUGUCCUAACUAGGAAAGACCGAACUACCGACUGCACCAAUUAUAUGGUUAUUCCAGGAAUUUGCUUUUUAAAAACAAAUUUAUUUGAGAACGGUUACAAUUAACCUAACUUAACUUGGUCUUAACACCUAAUGAAUCUGCUUACAAUAAAAUCUUUGAAGUUUAAAGGUGUAUUUGCCGACAAAGUAGCGGUAGCGGGUUAGUACCCGUAACCUACGUUUUAAUUGAAGAAUAAUAAUUAGUAUUUAUGGAGUGAAUAUGUAACCGGAACAAAAUUGACAUACUAAUUAUGCUGGGGGCUUCUCCAGGAGAAUUAUCAGGUAGUUUUAAGUAGAUAAUUAGUAAAUCCGAACCGUAAUAUACAAGCUGUUCGAAAAAUAGACGGAGAUAUUUCAAUGGGUGAUUUCUUGUAAAAAAAUAUGAGAAAAAGUUUCUAUAAACAUGGGCCCGGAAAUGCACAGUUUUCAAGAUACAGGGUGAUACAUUUUUUUUUUAAAUAUUAAUUUUUUAUUAAUAUUAAACAAAAUAUUUACUCGAAUCUUUUGAAAUUUGGCUGUAUUAAUUGUUGUAUUAAGAGGCUAAUUUAGCCCUAAUUAGAUUAAAAUUAUAAGGUUCAGUUGCGUCCCAGGGGACAUCGUAACAAAUGUUAUUGGCAAAAAAAUGUACGCCUCUGCUUUUUUUUCAACUUUAAUAUUUGUUGUUUGAUUAAGCAUUUAAAAGGACAACUUUUUCGCCUCUUGUAUUUUUUUCGUAUUUCACUUUGUUUUCGACAAAAAAAAUAAAUACCGUUUUAUUGCAUGCCGCUGGACAAAAUUGGUUUAUUAAUUUUUGGUAAAAAAAUCAAAAACAUUUCUAGGAGCUUUUUAUUGCAACAACAACUACAACAAAUGUUGGAAAUGUCCACUAUCCAUUUCUGUCCACCUUCUCACUCGACGAAUCAUUAAACGACGCACUCGAGCUAAAAUUCGAGGUCUAUUUCUCACUUCUUCGCAAGCAUUUACAAUUUCAUUUCUUAACUCUUCUAUUGUUGGUAUGGGACUUGCAUAAACCAGACUUUUAAGAUGUCCCCAUAAAUAAAAAUCUAUUGGAUUUAAGUCAGGGGAGCGAGGUGGCCAUUGAAUUGGUCCACCUUGAAACCGGUAUUUAUUUUUUUAUCGAAAACGAAGUGAGAUACGAAAAAAAUACAAGAGGCGAAAAAGUUGUAUUUUUAAAUGCUUAAUCAAAUAACAAAUAUUAAAGUUGAAAAAAAGGCAGUGGCGUACGCCAACUUUUUUUGCCAAUAAUAUUUGCUAAUAUGUCCCCUGGGACGCCACUGGACCUUAUAAUUUUAAUCUAAUACAACAAGUAAUACUGCCAAAUUUCAAAAGAUUCGAGUAAACAUUUUGUUUAAUAUUAAUAAAAAAUUAAUAUUUUUAAAAAAAUUUAUCACCCUGUAUCUUGAAAACUGUGCAUUUUCGGACCCAUGUUUAUAGAAACUUUUUCUCAUAUUUUUUUACAAGGAAUCACGCAUUGAGAUAUCUCCGUCUAUUUUUCGAACACUCUGUAUAAAACCUGAAUUUCGCAACUUCGUUAUAAUAGGUUACGAAAGUCACAAGUUGGUUCUGCAUUUAAUCAAGAAAGGUUUUUACCUUUUUAAUAUCACCAACUAUUACAAGUUACGAAGUACGCCGAAAAAUUACCAAAUAUGUGGCUCAAAAAAGUCUGGUAUCUUUUGUUUCGUAAAAAAAUAUCAACGUAUGAGUAGCUAACGUUAAAAAAUAACGGAGAUAUCCUGAAAUUACAACUUAACUCAGACACCUAUACAGUGUUGUCAAUAUUUCACUUGUAAAAUCGUAAAGCACUAAUUUCAUAACCUGAAUCAUUUUUCUUUAGACUUGAUCAAACGCAAUAUGUACUUUAUAUUGUUAUAAAUCCAUAACUAGUCCUGUAGUAGGAUAUUAGAGCAAUUAGACGUAUAGACUUCAGUUGUGAUUUAGAGCCAUUUUGACUGCAUUCGGUACUAUCAUGUCACAUGACACCCUCAAAAUCUUAAUUCAUUACUAUAACCGCAUAAGUCUUGUGAAUGCAGUGUUUCAGGGCAUAUUAGUGUCAUAUUUUUUUCAAAUAGAAUUAGGAGGUAGGAAUAUUGAUGAUGUGUCAUAUAGAGGCUUGUGUCUAUAUUUAUACUUAAUGCAUCCAUUAAAUAUGCUUUUUUUACAGAAAGUUUUAAAACUAGCGUUUGAAAUAGACUAUGGGCCAGUACAGUUUGCAUACAUAAUUUUUGAUGUGAAAAAAAAAUGCAUUUAUGUAAAUAUUACAACAAAAUGGUGUUUUCAAACGUUUUUUGGCUCUUUGGACUAUUAUUUUCGGACAUAUCUAAAAAAAGGUAUUUUUGUAGAGUGCAAUGUUAUUUAGGGACAAUAAGUCUUAAAAUCGAUGGUUCUUAUGUGUCUUUUAAAUCUGGCUUUAUAUUCUGUAAAGAUGCGCAAACAUUUUAAAGAGUCUCUAAGAUAUUGUGGUAGUAUGUUUGAUUCUUGAAAGCAGGUAGGUGAUUUUUUAAAAUAAGAACCUUGUUCCUGUCUGUGUAAUUGUAGAUCUAGUAGAGCAACAUGCAGUUGUGGCCAAAAUAAUAGCUGUAUUUAAAACUUUGUUUAAUAAUCGGGUUGGAUUUGAAGUUAAUGAAAUUUCAGAUCCCAAAACUUAAUAUUGCCGAUAUUUUUACCUAUAUAAUAUUCCAGUUAUUAAAAUUACCACACAUGAUUUAAAGAGAUUAAUUGAAUUUAAAAAGAAACUUAUUUGUUGGUUGGAGAAAAGUAGAGUAACUUUGCUUCAAAAGUGUUUUUAUUUAGACAUCAAUAUAAAAAAGACUUUUUUCAUUUGUUGGAAAGUAUCCGCUAUUCUGAAUAACAUUUUGGCAUAUCAUUUAAGAAAUUAUGGUUGUAUACAUAUGGUCCCUUAGUUAGGAUUUUCCUCUGAUUUUCAAAUCCAAAGUGUCACACUAAUUAGCAAUCGAAUUGAGAUAUGGAGUCUUAUCAAUUUCAUUCCAUAAUAUUCAAAUGUUUAUUAGUAAUAAAUAUGCUUUGCAUUUUUACAAGUCAAGGGUAACUAAGAAUAACAUUUACAUAAUUAAAUGAAAAUUGGACACCACAUUUUACAAAAGACACUUUGUCCUUAGUGCUACUCUUCAAAGGUAUGAAGGCGUUACAUUUUAAGAAACUUUUAAUUCGUUCUUUAAAACUGCUCUAGCUGAGUCUCCGAACAACUUCUUUUGAUAGCAUGACCGUUCAACGAUCUUUGGCUAUCAGGUUGAUAACUAUUGUUGUGUUGACAGCUGCUCGGAAAAGUUGCACUGUAGAUUCCACGUGUCAUUGUCUCCAAUUCUUUAACCACGAUGUUCUCCUACUUCCUGGACUACGCUUGCCUAGGGUUUUUCCCUCUAUAACAACAUACAAGAUCUCAUAUUUCUCCGAGUGACUCAUGAUGUGACCAAAAUAUUCUAAUUUGCGUCGUUUGAAAGUUUUGAUUACUUCUAAAUCUAUGCGAUUGAGAACUAUGUUGUCUGUCUACCCAACUGAUUUUUACUAAUCGCCGGUACAUCUACAUCUUGAAUGAUUCUAAACGUUUAAGUAUUAAUGCUUUCAUACCGUACAAAAGGACUGAUAGACCUAGGCAUUAAACAUCCUAACAUCUUUUUGAGUGUAAAAUAUUUAAAGCCAUAGUAGUUGGUACCAUUUCUGACUUAGGAACUCUAGAGCUAGUUUGCAUUGUUUCGGGUGAGGUAUGAAAACACUCGGCCGAGUCGGCAACCCCAGCUGUACAAAGAUUCAUACAAAGGUUCAUAUUAUAUCUUGAAUACAGUUGGGUCAUCAUUAACCAGUAUAAUAUUGCCACCUCUCUAAAAGUUCAAAAGAUCGUUUACAUAAAUGAGAAAGAGUAUUGGGCCUAAUAGGACAAUUCGGAUUUAGAUACCAAUGCCAAAAGUUCUAUUUGGCUGGAAAUCAUUUGAAGCAAGCUUUCUAAGCAAAAUACUAUGAGACAGUCAAAUUCUUUGAUCAAGUCCAGGCAUGACGCGACGAUGUCCCUUCCCCUGAACUGAAGCCAAAUUGUCCCUGAAAGAAUAAGUCUCAUAAGUUUAAAUUCAGAAAAGAUUUUUAAUUUUGUUAAAUGUUAAAGGGCAGCCUUUGAAGAGCAUCACUUAGAUUUUCACUAAAUUGGGGUGGACAACCACAGUGGCAAAGUAAAUGUUAAAGUAAGUACCAUGUCAUUUUGGAAGGAUAAACUAAAGGGACUUGGUUUACCUCUAUGAAUGUAUGCUUAGAUUUUCAACAUAAUGAUAAUGAGCGCCUUUCUUUCCAACUAGUCCAGCUUGAUACCUAUUUUUGAAAUCAUUAACUGCUCUAGCGGACAUUGAAUUUGAUUUAUUUCGUUGAGACAAGGAAAGAGACAAGAGGCCUAUCCCUCAUGAUCCUCAACUCAUCGUUAAACCAGUGUACUCUGUCUCUUCCCCUGAUAUUUAUCUUAGUUUGAAACACAAUUUGAUGCCCCCGAUCAGCAAUCCUAUGCAUAAAAAGUAGAACUUACUUUCCAUAUUUAGUUCAGAAUAAUUAUUUCAACUCUACUUUUCAGUUUCAAGGAUGUAAUGCAAGUCAAAUAACCUCUAACCCUUUAUUAAGUUGAGUUGGACCCUGCAACGAUGGUUUGUAGGGUUUGUUUGAUGUAACAAAUUUGUAAAAAAUAUUAGGAUUCGGGUGAGUAAUGACAUUUGCUGUUGGAUGGAGACUCAAGGUUCGGAAAAGAUCACAUCCAGAGUUCUUGCAUUGUUAAUAUGAAUGGCCUGUUCAGGCUAGGAAACAAAAAAAGUCCGGGUGGCCACAUCUGGGCUGUAGGGCGGCUGUGGAAGCGUUGGGAUGCUGGCAGGCAGCUGUGCACACGAAAGGCGGUGUGAGUCGGGGCGUUGUCGUGGUGCAACUUCCAGUCGGCUGAGAUGUCUUGUUGGACCCGAUUGAGCCUUCAUUUGAGUCUCUUGAGCACUUCCACGUAAAACUUGGGUGUUGACGGUUUGUCCAGGAGAAACAAAUUUAUGGUGGACGAUGCCUUUGAUGUUAAAAAAAAACAACGAGCAUCGAUUUCACUUUUUUAGGCGAGGAAACGCCAUCGUGAGCCACAUCGUGUGAUUACGUUAUUCAAAAAUUCGGGGUCACUUUCACACAUUUUGGUCGAUUUCUGGUCGUCAGUGAGCACUUUUGGGACCAUCUUCGCGCACACCUUGAAAAUGUUCAAAUGCUGUGUCACAAUGUCAUGAACCACAGAUUUUGGUAAAUUUAACAUCUGGGCAACUAAACGAAUACUUAGUCGACGGUCUGAGUUCAAAACUUUGCGCACACGAGUCACAUUGUUGGUGUUUCUCGAAGUCGAAGAUCCCAGCACGGUCUUCAUCAGCGACCUCUUUCCGGUCAUCCAAAAAGGCCUGGAGCCACCGAAACACACCACUUCUUGCUAAAGGAACAUCUGGGUAGGCCUGCUUGAUCAUAUCAAACGCCUGUCACAGAUUUACCGAGUUUCACACAGAAUUUAAUCGCGUACCUCUGUUCUAACGAACAGAGCAUUUUCGGCUCGCACCACUCACAGAAACACGUCGCACGAAAAUGCCUGUCUUCAUGAAAAGAAGUCGCACGGGGCUAACUCUGGCGAAUGAAGAGUUAGCCCCGUGGCUGAGAUUGUUCUGUUCUUCUCGAGGUAGUCGAUGAGGAUCACACCUUGUGAAUCCCAGAAACCGGUGGCCUCCACAUUUCCAGCCGAUGGGACCGCCUUUCCCUUUUUCGGAGCAUAUUCGCCGGGUAAAGUCCACUGUUUCGACUGUUCUUUGGUCUCUCGUGUAUACCAGUGGAUCCAUGUUUCGUCGACCGUCACAAAACGACGCAGAAACUCCUUCGGAUUGCGCUUAAAUAGCGUCAAACACAGCUCUGAAGUGGUCUCAUGGUUGCGCUUGUUGUCCAGAGUGAGCAAACGCGGCACCCAUCGCGCCAACAGCUUUUUCAUGCCCAAAAUUUCAUGUAGGAUAUAACCUACGCGGUCUUUCGAGAUGCCUACUCUCUCGGCUAUCUCGCGCACCUUCAAUCGGAGGUCUGCCAAUACGACUACACAUUUUCGUUAUACACGUCCGGCCAAUGAAGGUCUUGGGUGCGAUAAUCAAUGUAUUAACUUGUAAUACUAGGUUUAAGUCAGAAGUUAAAAAAGAAUAAUAGCGUUUCUCCUACUCGUCCUCUAAUAAUUUCAGUUCGACCCAAUUUGAAUAAAUAGACUGAGACGUGUGACAAACGCAAGCGCCUAUGAAUUUCGACAUCCAAGUAAGAAAUUUGGCGGGCGUUACGACGCUGUUUGCUAAACUUAAGAUUACUACUUAACAUUAUAAAAUAUCUUAAAUUGAGGUUCACGCAUUACAAUAGCGUGCAAUACCCCAAUCGAGAGUCUCAAUUAAUCUUCUUUAAUUUAAAUGGCCUUAGUAACAACCAGACCUGAACAUCUCAAGUGAUGUUAUAUGUCAAAAAAACAGAAUAGUCAACUAGUGAACUGUGGUUUCUUACUAGAGCGGUGAUUUUUAAUAAAUUAAACUAAUUUAAGUGAUCGUUUAUUUUGUCCACAACUCUACUGUAUACAACAGUUUUGGCAAUAAGCGAGAUGUAACCCAAAAGAAUUAAAAAGCUUUAAUUUUCGAUCUGAUUUUAACCGUUACGUUUUAUUUAUAAGGGUUUUUGAAUGUAAUAUUUAGGUUUGCUUGUUGAUUUCUUUGUAGAUAUAAGCAUUAUUAAUGUAAUUAAUAAGUUACCAAUAAAAGUUAAAAUAUUUA